AUGAGAACACCAGAGUGGAACAUCUUCUGGAAGGCUAUGGAUCUUAAGAAAUCAAUGGAUCCCGACGAGUUGCUCAGACAAUGCCAACUUUUCUCCGCUGACCACUCUGGUGACGCCUACCCCGCUGAUGAUCAACUGGUUGCCACCGCCACCUACCUGGUAAAGGCAUUGGGUGGAAACAAACUCGUCGAUCCCAAUGUGCGUGAGCUUCACAUCGUGCCGUGCAAGCCAAGCACGAUCCAAGGUGCCAUGGCAGUCAGGGCAUUCGCCACUCUCAAUGAAUCAGUUAAUGAUUACCAGCAUUGGCCAAGGCAAUACUUUACCGUGAGACUGCUUAGAACAUUCCCAGUGCGAUAUCCCGAAGUUGGUCAAGAGGGAGAGCGUCAUCCAGACACACCUUCGAUGGCGGACUGUCGCGAACACCUUGACAAUGUGUUGGACUUGGCAAGAGACCAUUGGCGGUUGGAGAAUGGUCUAAACAGUGCUUUCAACAUCACUUUGUUGAACUAUGCCAUGCUCAAUGUUGAGGGAGACAAUGAACUGGAGGAGUACUUUGCGAACAAGGACAUCAAGAUACCGGUGCCAGGCACGUCUAUGUCCAUCGCACCAUCAGACAUCGUCCUGGAGAUUAAUGAUAUCUAUCAGCCGUACUUCUACUCCUUCCGUCAACACUAUGCCAAGUGUCACAAUGUACUGUGCCAGCUGGGUGCAAACAGAAGCCUCACCUCUGCCAUUGCGGUCAGGAAGAUCAAUGCCCAUCCCACGCCCAUCAUACCACUUGCCAAUUUACGUGCCAUUCUCGGUCUGUUCGCCAAGUGCAACGAGAAUGAUUUGGACCACCUCCUCACCAGCAAGAAUGUACUUGCCCCAAAGGCCGAAGUACACAGUGCCAAAUCUACCAAAUGCAAGAGACUCGACCUGGAAAAGGUCAACCUCAUACAUCCUAAACUGAACAUCACCGUCCAGGACAUUGGAUCAGUGGUGGAGGAGAUGUUGGACACUGACAAGUCGACCAUCCAUGAUGCUACUGCCUACCAGACACAACUGAAUGAGCGACUAAAGAAUCCCAUGAUCGGACAGCUGACCAAGUUGAUACUCGAGCUCGCUGAGAAGAAGUACAAGGAGGACAUCAUCCAGCAUGUUAUCACAUUCAUUGGCGUCGUCCAGAUCCAUCUUGCGACCAUCCACUCAAUCUUCACCUACAACGGCAUGGACAUCACCAAGGUGUCUGAAGGCUCGCGAUAUAUCUAUGAUCCAAACAACUACACUCUGACCAUCAGUAGAGACGUCAACCAGAAUGAAUGGAUCGACAUCAUUUGCGACAUCAUCAAGAAUGAGUUCAAAGUUGGCAGCCGCACCAACCUGUCCAUUCUUUUCAAUCCAAACAUGGAAAUGAAUAAUACGAUCACUGUGAUGAAGGCCAUGUACAAGGACAAUGCUGAGCUAUUCGAUGAUGUCCAGGUUGAGGCUGAUCAGCUGAACCGACACACGGGCAAUGGUGUGUACUACUCAGUCGACGGCACCAACUAUGUUAUGGACCCCAUCAACACGUUUGCUCAGGGCGAUAUGGCUUUGUACGCAGAGUACAACACAGAUGUCAUGAUCAGUGUGGUCGUUGGUAAGCCAGUUCAUCGCCUCUCGCACUUGGAUGAGAUAAAGUGUUAUCAUAUUGGCGAAUACAUCGUGCCAUCGUUCCAUCUGUUCAAGAUCACACCAUUCCACACUGGCUACAAACAUCGGAUGCAGAGAGUUGGACAGUUCAUCAAAGAGCUCAAGUCAUCGACUCUUCCAGAGGAAUCCAUUGAGUUUGCCCUCUACAGACUGAAGAACAACUGUCUGUCCAUCACCGAGUUCAAUCAGAUUGGCGCCAUGGUCAAGGAGAUCAGCAAGCCCGAUGUCCAACAAUAUCACAACCUUGGGGACGUAAUUGUAUUGCCUGACCUGUUGGCUCAAGGACUCAAGCCAGAGACUGCGCCAAAGACACCAAUCGACGAUACCUACCAAAAGGAAAGCAAUAUGAUGAAGGCCAAUAUAUACUUCAGCCGAGCCAACAAGACACUGGAUGAGCUCACAAUCUGUCACACGUCCUAUGCAGGUGUACUCGCUCACGAUAUCGUUCGUUGGUGUAUCCUAGCAGUACUGAUCAAGCAGGGUCUGCCAUUCAACACCAAGUCCAAGUCACUACACAGUCUACUACAUUCCCUUGGAACAGGUUUCAAACUUACAACAAUCACCGACAUACUUUGGCUUGACAAACUCUACCUCGACUAUGAAGAUCCAGAUUACAACGAAUCGAUGGAGCUUGACCUCGACAAAGAUAUAGUCACAUGUGUUGCAAUAGCAAGAGAUGCAAUCGACAUUACAAAUACACUCUUAUAA